AUGCUCAAGAACGUAUUUUUCAAACCUUCUUGGACUAGUAUUGUCAAACAACAAGCCAGCAAUAAUAAGAACACAAUUGGCCUAGCAAGAUAUUUAAGUAAUGAUUCCUAUUCCAAUACCAGGAUUGUUCCAAAAUUAAACACUUUUUAUUCAGCUAACCCGCAGCACGAACAUAACAUGAAUGAAAUUAAUUUUGUGUUAGAAAAAUACAAAAAUCUAAUCAAAUACCAGCAGAGUAACUAUGACAAAACUGCUACCGCGGAGAAUAAAGAAAGACCACAUUGGUUAAGUGUCGAUGAUUAUGCUAUUUUGGGUGGUGGUACCAGAUUAAAGCCAAUCCAGUACGAAGAAUUGGUUGAAAAACUAAACAACUUGUAUUACAUAGACAAUGAAUUAGCUAACGAUGAAAUAUUGGGUGUUAUCAAUAAAUAUAUUAGAAAUUCUAGCAACACAAGUACUGCUACUAAAAUACCCCAACUGGAUCCUUUAGGGAGAAGUGUUUCGAUUGGCGGAAGAAAAAGUAGCACCGCUAAAGUAUAUGUUGUUAAAGGCGAGGGCCAAAUAUUGGUUAAUAACCAAAAACAGUUGACUGAAUAUUUCACCAAGUUAAAGGACAGAAAGAGUAUUAUAUAUCCGUUACAAGUGAUUGAUCAAGUUGGUAAAUUUAAUAUUUACAUAACUUGUUCUGGUGGCGGUGUUACUGGCCAGGCUGAAGCUGCCAUGCAUGCUAUUUCCAAGAGUUUAUUAGCUUUUAAUCCGUUAUGGAAAUCAAGGUUACAUAAGAGCGGAGUAUUAAGUAGAGAUUACAGACACGUUGAAAGAAAGAAGCCUGGUAAGAAGAAGGCUAGAAAAAUGCCAACGUGGGUCAAACGUUAA